AUGCGGAUCGCAGGACUCGGGGCGCCGUCGAGUCGCGACGCAACUUUCUACGCGUCUAGAGCCGCGCUCUUAACGCCGCUACUCGUAUCGGCCAGAUUGACGUACGCCGCGAACGCGCCUAACGGACGACUGGGUCGUAAAGUCGUAAAUGGAACAACACACGGGCAACGCCAGAAUUUUUUCAGAUCUCAUUGUUGCGCGCUGUGCCUGACAAUUUCACCGUUCGCGUAUCGGACGCGCCGCGUUCGGAAUGCACGGAAGGGCGCGCGAGCUUUUCUGGUCGCCGUGAGUGGGUUGGUUUGCGGCGUGUUGCACGGGCCUUGCUACGACACGCGGCUGUUCGGUGUGAAGAAGCGAUAUCGAGCGGUCGCGAGCAGGCGCCGUUUUCUGGCGCCAGUGCCAGACACAGCCAGCCGCUUCUACGAAGCCACUGCACGGGGACGUCUCAUA